AUGACGACGUCGACCCCACCCAACGAGCUACUGCUGCUCGUCUUCCUGCACGGCUUCAAAGGCGGCGCAGACACGUGAGUGGCCACGUGAGAGCGCUCAAUACUUUGACCGCUUACUGACCCUGUUGAAAGUGUCCUUCAUGCGCUCCUACAGCUUUGCCGCGUUCCCCGAUCGACUGCGCCACAACCUCGAGCAGACCGAACCUCGUUGCGAGAUCCAGUCUCACGUCUAUCCCCCUUAUGACACUCGAGGCGAAUUGACGGUAGCAGGUGAGUGAGCAUCGAAACGGUCACGGGGUGCCCAAGUCAACCGCUGAUUGGAAUGAGCCCCCGCCUCGUGUCCGACCUGGCACGUACUCUCUCUCUCUCUUUAGUUGACAAACACGUGUCAUGGCUCACCGAUCUCGUCGCCACAAAAAAGUGCGAAUUCUCCGAAAAAGGUGGAACCGGACCUUUACGCGUCAUACUCCUCGGACACUCGUGCGUCACAGGUCUCAGCCAUGUCUGCCCCAGUCGGAUCGGCACGUGAUAAGCACCCGGGCUCGAGCUGAUUCUUCCGCUCCCCGUCUCUUGGCCGACAGUAUGGGCGGUCUCGUCAUUGCCGAUUCGACCUUGUCGGCGCUUGGAACCUUGCCCAUUCUGGGUCUCAUUUGUUAUGACAGUCCUCUGCUCGGAUUGCACCCAGCCGUCUUCAGGGUCAGUCUCGUCUCUAUUCGCUCGCCCAAUUCUUGGCAAACCAAGGCACUGAACGACCGAUGCUCCUCGAUCGGAAGCAGAACACCUUCGACAAGGCUUUGGGCUACGCAUCGCAAGGGCAAGCCGCCCUGUCGGCUUUGACCGCUGGGUAUGGCUUUAUCCGAUCAACAACCGGCAAUGCUUCGGCCUUAUCCUCUGGCUCAGGCAAGACCACCCCUCCCAAAGGCGGCAAGAAACCCAAAGAAGUAGCCGCAACCAACUCUGCAUCAUCGAACGCAUCCUCGUCGAAGGGCUGGUUCUCCCUCGCCACCAUGGCCGGUGUAGGAGCCGCAGUAGGAGCGAUCGGAGCUGCCGGUGCGGCGUACUAUAACCGAGAAGCUAUCGGGAACCAUUGGAGUUGGGCGACGAGUCACCUUUCUUUUGUGGGCGAGUUAUGGAAGACGACCGAAAUGGAACAGAGGAUCCAACAUAUCGUCGAAGCGCAGGAGAAAGGGGUUGGUUUUCAUUGGUCAGUUCAAGUUCAACGCACAAUGGCCUACAAUCAGGACUCGAGCGAUUUACUAAUCUUGAAGGUUUCUUACGGUCGCACAGCUUCUACACCCACCUCCCACCCAAGAAAGACCUCCCCGAACGCACCUUUUGCGUCCUGCCCAACACCCCCGUCGUACGCGAACGCUUCACCCCUAAUUCGAACCACCAAGCCGACGACGAGAUCACGGCGCACAUCGAGAUGUUUACGGAAAAGUCGGACGGGUUGUACGAUUUGGCGCAGAAGAGUUGUGCGUUGAUUAGUGAUUGGGUGGACGCGGCGAGGAAAGGGAAGAUGGGCGCUGGAGUGGGGGAGAAGGUUGAUGGCUCGGCGGGGAAGGAAAAGGUGGAGGAGCCGGAGAAUGAGAGGAUGGGGUAG